GCACGGCGAUAGACGGUCCCUUCAUCAUGUUUGGUCAGUCUGGCAAAGGGCUGAUGCCGAGAUUCUCGAGAUCAUGAGCGACAAACGCCGUACCGGACGCGUGGUGACGAGUUGCCUCGAUGGUAGUAGUAAUAGCUAUCUGCUCGUCUACGAUGACGGCGAGUACGUCGCAGAAAUACUACGACGUGCCCGCGCCCAAGAAGGACUGGGCGCAAUUCAAGCAGCUCGCCGUGAGCGGGCUGGAUCCCAAGUCAAAUUCUACCCGUAACCGCAACUGGACCGAGUUCGACUGCACGCACAUUUGCGCGACGGACCAGCUUCACUGUGACGUCGAGGAGCUCUGACUGGGUCAACAGC